GCCAGCUCCAGGACCAUGGCACAACCGGCUUCCACCGACCCCACCAAGACAGGAGAGGGUCGGGCAAUAGCCGUGCUGACUUCAGGAGGCGAUGCCCAGGGAAUGAAUGCAGCUGUGAGAGCCACAGUUCGAGUGGGAAUUUACACUGGAGCCAAGGUGUACUUUGUCCAUGAGGGUUACCAAGGUCUGGUGGAUGGAGGAGACAAUAUCCGCCUUGCUACUUGGGAGAGUGUGUCAAUGAUGCUACAGCUGGGUGGAACUGUGAUUGGAAGUGCCCGUUGUCAAGAUUUCCGCACCAAAGAGGGACGCACCAAGGCCGCCUGUAACUUGGUCAAGCUGGGCAUCACCAACCUGUGUGUGAUUGGUGGUGAUGGCAGUCUGACGGGGGCCAACCAGUUUCGAAAAGAGUGGAGUGAGCUGCUGGCAGACCUGAUCCACACUGGUAAGAUCACGUCAGCUGAGGCAAAGAGUUCCUCCCAUCUCAAUAUCGUUGGCAUGGUGGGCUCCAUUGACAAUGACUUCUGUGGCACCGACAUGACCAUCGGCACUGACUCUGCCCUGCAUCGCAUAAUAGAGAUAGUGGAUGCCAUUACCACCACAGCACAGAGUCACCAGAGGACCUUCAUCCUGGAGGUAAUGGGCAGGCACUGUGGUUACCUGGCUUUGGUGACAGCUCUGGCCUGUGGCGCUGACUGGGUGUUCAUCCCAGAGAUGCCCCCAGAUGAGGGAUGGGAGGAGCAUCUGUGCAGCAGACUGACAGAGCAAAGAGGCCGCGGCUCACGUUUGAAUAUUAUCAUUAUGGCAGAAGGAGCAAUAAACCGCAAAGGUAAAGCCAUCACAUGUGACGACAUCAAAGAGCUGGUAUCAAAUAAGCUAGGCCAGAAUCCUGGUAAUACUACCACUGUCCCAUAUAUCCCUAUUAAAAGUGUACCUGCUUCUCUAAGCGUCUGUUUUUUGAUUGUCAUGAUUCAGGCCAGCCGUAUGGGCGUGGAGUCUGUGAUGGCUCUGCUGGAGGCCACACCAGACACUCCUGCAUGUGUGGUCAGCUUGUCUGGAAACAUGGCUGUCAGGCUGCCUCUCAUGGAGUGUGUGCAAGUUACUAAAGAUGUGACCACAGCUAUGGCUGAAGGGAGGUUUGAAGACGCAGUGAAGCUCAGGGGAAAGAGCUUUGAGAACAACUGGAACACUUACAAAAUGCUGGCUCAUGUGCACAUCCCAGAAGUAAAGAGUAAUAUCAACAUUGCCAUAUUGAACGUGGGAGCUCCGUGUGCUGGAAUGAAUGCUGCAGUUCGUUCGACUGUCAGGAUUGGGCUCCUCCAGGGCCACCAGAUGCUGGCAGUGCACGACGGCUUCGAUGGCUUGGCUCAUGGAAUGAUUGAGCCUAUUGGUUGGUCUGGAGUGGCAGGGUGGACUGGAAAAGGAGGCUCCCUGCUGGGGACAAAGAGGUCCCUGCCGCAUGAGUUAAUGGAGGAGAUCAGUCUGAGCAUCAGAAAGUUCAACAUUCAUGCUAUAGUCAUUAUUGGCGGCUUUGAGGCAUUUGUUGGUGGUCUGGAGAUGGUGCAGGCUAGAGAGAAGUAUGAGGAACUUUGUAUUCCCCUUGUUGUUGUUCCCGCUACUGUGUCCAACAAUGUUCCUGGAUCUGACUUCACCAUUGGCACUGACACUGCACUUAACACUAUAACCAUGACAUGCGACAGGAUCAAACAAUCUGCUGCCGGCACCAAGAGAAGAGUGUUCAUAGUUGAGACUAUGGGGGGAUACUGCGGCUACCUGGCAACCAUGGCUGGCUUGGCAUCUGGAGCGGAUGCUGCUUACAUUUAUGAGGAGCAUUUCAACAUUCAUGACCUAGAGGUUAAUGUGGAACAUCUGGUGGAGAAGAUGAAGACCACAGUGAAGAGAGGACUGAUUCUAAGAAAUGAGAAAUGCAAUGCCAACUACACCACAGACUUUAUCUUUAACCUGUACACAGAAGAGGGCAAGGGUGUGUUUGACUGCAGGAAGAAUGUACUUGGACACAUGCAGCAGGGUGGAACCCCCAGUCCUUUUGACAGGAAUUUUGGCACCAAAAUGGGGAUCAAGUCUGUGUUGUGGUUGACUGACAAGCUGAAGCAAUGCUACAGACAUGGUCGUAUCUUUGCCAACUCUCCAGAUUCAGCCUGUGUGCUGGGCAUGAAGAAGAGAUCUUUGGUCUUCCAGCCUCUGGCAGAACUUAAAGAUCAGACUGAUUUUGAACAUCGUAUUCCAAAGAUACAAUGGUGGCUAAAGCUGAGGCCCAUCCUGAAAAUCCUGGCCAAGUACAAGAUCGAUCUGGACACCACUGAAAAGGCUGCUAUGGAACACGUCAUCAAGAGAGGCGUAGUCCAUUAG